UUGCCUGCUUUGCUUGAGUGUGAAAUAGCCACUCUGUGCUGCAGGGGGAAGAAUGUCCACGAGCAGGAGCCCCAGCAACGCUGCGUGCACAGCAGAUCUUGGUGCACAGUACAUAAGUGCUACGCCGUUCUACGCCCAAAUACAUCAAAGCUUCUAUGAAGAAUUGCUCGCACACAGCAUUUUAAAGCCGUUGGUGGCCCCUGUGGAAGGAAUGAUUAUGAAAGAGGACCUACGUGACUUUGUGACUCCGAAGGGUGUCUCGUCCAUCGUCAAACAUUACUUGAGAGAGUCAGCAGGAGCCGAGGUGCUGUUUGAGCACCACGUCACCCGCGUCUGCCAGAAGGGGGCGGGCUGGGAGGUGCAUCGGCAGGGCGGGGAGGCGGAGACUUUCGACGCCGUGGUCCUCACCAUGCCCGUCCCCCAGAUCUUGCAGCUACAGGGAGACAUGCGCUCCUUGAUCGACGAGAGUCAGCGCCGGAAGCUGGAAGCGGUGAGCUACUCCUCCCGCUACGCGCUGGGGCUCUUCUACGAAGCCGGCGCGCGGAUCGACGUGCCGUGGGCGGCGAAGUACAUCGCCGACAAUCCCUGCAUCCGCUUCAUCUCCAUCGACGACAAGAAGCGCAGUUUGGAUUCUCCGGACUGCGGCCCGUCCGUGGUGGUCCACACCGGCGUGCCGUUCGGGGUCCGGCACCUGGAGGGGACCAGGGAGGAGGUGGAGCCUCUGAUCCUGGGAGAACUUCAGAAGGUCCUGCCCGGGCUUCCCCAGCCAAUCAGCAUCAAGUUCCAAAAGUGGAGGUACUCACAGGUGAGAGCCGCUGUGCCUGACUGCCCCGGGCAGAUGACCCUGUGCUCCAGUCCACUGCUGGUCUGCGGGGGCGACGGGUUCAUGCACUCCAACUUCGACGGCUGCGUGGAGUCCGCCCUGAAGGUCACAGAGGUCCUGAAGUCAUCCCUUUGAGAAAAGGGGGGGGGGGGGCGCCCUGCUCUGUGGGGUGGGAGGGAGCAGAGACUGGGCUGUGGUUGAGCCGCCCUGCUCUGUGGGGUGGGAGGGAGCAGAGACUGUUUGAGCCGCCCUGCUCUGUGGGGUUGGAGGGAGUAGGGACUGGGCUGUGAUUGAGCCGCCCUGCUCUGUGGGGUUGGAGGGAGCAGGGACUGGGCUGUGUCUAGUUGGGCUGUGCCUAGUUGUGUAAGUCGCUCUGUAUAAGAGAGUCUGCUAAAUGGCUGUAAUGCUUGAGCCGCCCUGCUCUGUGGGGUGGGAGGGAGCAGAGACUGGGCUGUGAUUGAGCCGCCCUGCUCUGUGGUGGGCUUGGAGGGGAGACAGGGACUGGGCUGUGUCUAGUUGGGCUGUGCCUAGUUGUGUAAGUCGCUCUGUAUAAGAGCGUCUGCUAAAUGGCUGUAAUGCUUGAGCCGCCCUGCUCUGUGGGGUGGGAGGGAGCAGAGACUGGGCUGUGAUUGAGCCGCCCUGCUCUGUGGGGUUGGAGGGAGCAGAGACUGGGCUGUGUCUAGUUGGGCUGUGCCUAGUUGUGUAAGUCGCUCUGUAUAAGAGCGUCU